AUGGCAACCGAGGUCGAGGGAACAUUCAAAAUCGGCGACGUGAGCCUCUACACAAAGACAUUUUCGCCCUCCGGCCCCAUCAAAGCCAAACUCAUCUUCAUCCACGGCUUCAGCGACCACGUCGGCCGCUACGAAGAACUCUUCCGCCACCUCUCCGCCCACUCCAUCCAGACAUUCGCCUUCGACCAGCGCGGAUGGGGUAAAAGCGUCGCCAAGCCCUCCGACAAGGGUCUCACUGGCCCGACCGCGCAAGUCCUCGCCGACAUCGCCGCCUUCAUCUCCUCCAAGCUCCCCUCCGAGGAGCCCGUCUUCGUCUUCGGCUCGUCUAUGGGAGGCGGCGAGGCACUCGCCCUGGCGUCUUCUCCCGAGCACGAGGAUGUAGUGGCCAAGGUCCGUGGAUGGUUGGUUGAGGCCCCGUUCUUGGGCUUCGCGGCUGGAGAGGAACCUUCGAAGAUUAAAAUCGUCCUCGGACGCGCUGUGGGGAAGAUCUUCCCGAGGUUCACCAUGAUGCAUCGCAUCGCGCCCGAGAAGCUCGCUCACGACCCGGCCGUCCAGAAGAGUCUCGCCGAGGACAAGCUCUGCCACGACACCGGAACCCUCGAGGGCCUCUCCGGUCUCCUCGACCGCACUCUCGACCUCUCCUCGGGCAAAUAUAACCUCCUCCCCGUCGUCAAGAGCGUGUGGCUAGCCCACGGAACGAAGGACCAGACAUCGGCCUUCGAAUCGAGCCAGCACUGGUUCGACGCGCAGAAAGCGCACGUGGAGGACGCCACGUUUAAGGUGUAUGAUGGCUGUGCUCAUCAGCUGCACGCCGACCCGUGUAAGUUUGACUUCUUCAAGGACGUCACCGACUGGAUCACCGAACGCGCUGCCACGUCGGAGCCUGCAGAGGCCGAGGCCGAGGCACCUGCUGCUGCGGCGCCUGCCGAACCAGCAGCCGAACAUGAGCAGGCUCUUGAGCCUGCUAGUGCACCUGAGGGUGCCGAAGCCGCGAAGCCGGACUCAAAGCUCUAA